GUCCAAUUAAUACCGAGCAGGGUGUUGUCAUUGGUCGAUUGGCCGGUUGUUGGUGGAUAGAAGUGGAUCAAUCUAGUAUUACCCAAUCAUUUACAACACCCUUCUUAAAGCUUUCAUUUCCAUAUAUCAAUCUUCACUUUCUCUACAAACCCUCAGACAGUUUGCAUUACACUCGACCUUGAUAUCCUCCACAUCGAUUUCUCUUUUACUCCCUUACUUUUCUAGACCAUGGCAACUGUAGGCGAUGAUGUUUGCCCUCCUCAUGACAUUCAAGCGUUCACCGAUCUCGACGGCGCGACGGGGGUGCCUAACGAGGGUAAGCCGGAGGGCGAAUAUACUACUUUCUGGAAGUAUUAUCAGAAUGGAGAGGCGUAUUUCGCGCAAAUAUUCAAGCCUAGGCCCGAUAUCAACAUUGCAGAGGUAAAAGAAGCGAUGAGAAGAAUCCCGGACGCGGAUAUUUACCCAGAGAUACCAGAAGGAGUUAACCUUAAGGAAAUGGCAACAACUGAAAAGCCAGAUACCGAGUUAUACAUCAAGAGACCUUCCCUUCUCACGUAUGAGACCUCCAGCCCCCACGAGUGGAUUCGUGACGUUUUCUUGGGAGAGGCUGAGAUCAUGGAGAAAGUCUCGAGCAUCCAGCACAAGAAUAUAAUUCAGUACUAUGGCUGCCUAAAGAGAGAUGGACGUCUAGCGGGAAUCGCUCUGGAGCGUCACAAGUGUAAUCUCAAUGAAUUUUUCAUGUGGCAAAUGGAUAAGAAUGGCGCUAUAGACUCACAGCGCUUCAUGGAGGAGCUUGAGUCGGCAAUCUUCCACUUGCACCAGGCCGGAUUGGCGCAUAAUGACUUGAAACCAAGCAACAUACUACUGGAUAAAGAUAAUUUGCCAGUGCUAAUUGAUUAUGGGUCCUGUCGGCCGUUUGGUGGAAGGCUCAUGGAAGGGGGGACGCCCGGCUGGUGCGACCACCAAAAGCUAGUGAUGUUUUCCGACAAGGAGCAUGAUCUUUUCGGCUUGAAUAAGAUUCGAGAGUGGCUGGCUGACCCUGACCGAAAAUUGAACGGCUAGCUAGAGAUCAAGGAAUAAGUGAUCAUACAAUGAUUAUCUUCCAAUUAUUUAUAACAUUUUACAAUUUUGAAAAAUCUUUAAAUUUUAAUGACUUUCUAAAGUUAAAAAGG